AUGGGAGUUCUGCGGUGGCGGACCUCAGCUCGGCGUUCGCUUGGUCCUGGUAUAAGACGGUAUCGGGUUUAUCUGCGAGAGGUUGUCUGUCUGUCUGGUAUUAAAGACCUUGUGUUUUACCCGAACGUCCUAGCGGUUUGUACAGUGUUGCCAAAAUACUUGUUGGUCGGCGUACGAAGAACCAAGACCUACGGUGCUAAGAACCAGCUUCAACCUUCGCCGCACUUGGCCACUGGCGCUCCACCAGGACGGUCGAGGUUCACUUACCCGGUUGGUAUGGCAGUUAAAAGCCAUCUGAAUCUGCUGACUCUACUCAUGUCAUGGACUCUUCUGGCGGCUGUUUUCGCCACGACUCGGAAUUUCUACAAGAGACACGAGAACAGCAGAGUCUAUGGAACUAUUGUAACAACUCUGAAGGGCGCGUCGGUGAUCAGGUGCAGCGCCGCGUGUGAGGUCGUCGCCGCCUCCUGCAGGGCCUUCAACUACCACAGGUCGACCGACACCUGCACCCUCUACUCGGCUUCGCGGGCGAGUCGUGGAUUCAGCCUAUGAUAUCUAUUUGACCGAGGUAUUCCUUGCAUCGGAAUA